AUGACAGACUGCAAUGUCAUAAAGCAUCCAAUGGAACCCAAGACACAGUUGCAUAAGGAUUUGGAAGGGACUCCAGUUGACGCAACGGAGUACAGGCGCAUUAUUGGUUGUCUGAGAUAUUUGUUACACAUACGGUCGGAUCUGUUAUAUUCUGUCGGGAUGGCGAGCAGAUACAUGGAAAGACAUACAAUCAUGCAUCACAAGGUGGUUAAACAGAUUCUCAGGUAUUUGAAAGGUACAAUCUAUUUUGAGCUUGUUUACAUAAAGGGACCCCAGGAAAUUGGUAUAUUCGGCUACUCAGACAGUGAUUUAGCCGGCGAUCUCGAUGGGAGGAAAACACAAAAGCAGAAGACAGUGACGUUUUUAUCGUGUGAGGCAGAGUUCAUGGCGGUCGCAACUGCGGCCUGCCAUGCUUUGUGGUUGAGGAGCCUAGCCAGCGAAUUAAUUGGUGUAGAGCCGAAGCCGGUAACUUUGUUUGUUGACAACAAAUCUACCAUAGCUCUCAUGAAGAAUCCGGAAUCAACUGUUGCUAAGGACCGUCUGAUUAAUCUUCCAAAGUUGGGGCUUUGGAGUAGAACGUAA